AGAGGUGUAAUAUAAAAAGAUCAAACAAAUAUUAAUACGCAGAUGGAAAUUGAAUUCCCGUAGUUUUUGUGACUGAAACUCAGUAUCCGUCUAGGCUGUAAUAUGAAAACUUAGCUUCACACGUUUCUAUUUCUUAGCUAGAAUCAGGAACAACUAAGCAAAAGCUUUUGCAACAUUAAAGCUAAUAAAUGAGCCUUAGCAGUUGGCAUUAGUUAUACUGCUGAAAUCGUUUGUGUCUCAUAAUUUACAUCACAAGUAAAAGUGGUGUGGUUGAUUAACUCAAAGCUAUGCUUUUGGAUGGGAAAAGAUCUGUCCUGAAAACGCACUAUGAUAUUCUAUCAGUGAAGGAGGAUGCAGAUUAUGAAGAGAUUCACGCAAACUACAAGAGAGCUGCCCUUAAAUCCCAUCCUGAUAAAACCCGAGCAACAACUGAGGCCUCUGAUAUUCAAUGUGAAUCACUAGAAACAUUUCUAAUGGUGCAAAAAGCCUGGGAAAUCUUGAGUGACUCAAAGACCCGUGGAAUUUACAAUCGUGAAUUGAGGGAUUCAAGACGAGAUACAGAAACUGCUGAAGAUGUUAGUUUAGAAGAGAUGAUGGUAGAAGAAGCUGGUGAGGUCUUGGAACACUUUUAUGAAUGCAGGUGUGGCGAUUAUUUUUCCAUUGAUUCAGUUGAACUUGGAGAGAUAGGCUAUUCGUUGGGCAGGGAUGAGAGUAAGAUAUUUAUACGCAGACGUGAUUCGAUACCGGCCACUGUUAUACUUCCUUGUGGGUCGUGUUCUCUUAAAAUCCGUCUUACAAUCACCACUGGUCCAUAGUCAUUUCUUACUCAUGUAACAUAUCCAGUAUAUGUGUCAAUCAUGCAGCAACGCUUCCCCUUUGAACGUCAUUGCCUUAUUAUCCUUUUCUUUUUCUUCCUUUCUUAAUGUCAAUUUAUUCGACGAUGUACUUUCCUGCUCUGGUCCCAAUAUUGUACUUACAAGCAGCACAGCGGUUUGCAUCAAUGAAAUCAUAUAUUCUCCAAGAGUUCAUUACACCAAAAUAUUGGUAUGCUUGUGAUUUGAAUGACAGAUACGGAUACCUCUGUGCUGUGUUGCUUCUUUCAGCUCUCAAGAAACCCUUGCUCCUUUUUAGCUGAUGCUGCUAGCUGUGUUCCCCUGGUCUUUCUCUAGUAGUUGAAGGACAAAAAACAACUCCUUCUGAUGGGGUGAAAUUGGAAUCACUAAUUAUGGUUCAUAUUGGAUCAAGGGAUGCUAACGUUUACCACACACAUUUGAACAAAAAGGUCUUUAGUUACUUGCUCGUGACCCACUCUAGUUGCUCCCCUCUCUUGAAAUCCUGGCUCUGCCCUGCCGGGAAGCAUAUGAGGAGUUUGAGCAUGUUCUUUCAGCGUUUAAAUUCGACAAAGACGAUCAGACUUCUCCAGUGGCAAAUGAGAAUGAAUUGUGCCGGUCCUGCCGGAUGAGAAUGGGUAUGUCUCAGUGCCUGAUGAGCUUGUCCAUGAGCAUUGCGUUUAUACGGGUAUUGUGGAAUGUGGGCUUUCAUCAGGACAUGCAUCAGAUAUGCAAAGUCUUGGGAGAUCUUCAAUUACGUGUGAACCUGAUCCUUCCAAUGGUUCCUUGUUAGAUUGCUCUACUAACAUGGAUGUGCAUCCAUUUAAGGACUCCAAUGGUGAAACUUCUGUUGGCAAACCUGAUUUAAUUGGCACUCAAGAAAUGAACGUGCGGGAUUAGAAGUUUCAGAAGAUUAGAAGUCCUGAAAUCAAGAAGAUUGCAGCACAAGUAGUCCUGAAAACUAUAAAAAGUUUCAGAAGAACAGAGGUCAUGGGACUGGAGAAAGGAGUGGACGCAAGAGGUGGAGAGGUAGGAAUGAGGAUUAGAAGUUGGUCCUGAUAUUCUCUUACUGGGACCAGCAAGCAAAAGCUUAGCGACCGUGACCAUGCUGCUGAUCGUUUGGAGCAGAUCUGAGCAGCUAUGUUCUUCAUACGCCAUCAACCACCCUCUACUAUCGUUUAUUAGGUCUAGUUUGUAUUUAAUUUUUGUUUCAGCUGUAACCUAUUUCCAUUUUAGUUGCAGCUUUUUAGUUUCUUCUUUGCUGGUAUGUGUUGGUCUGGUUCUGUGGAAUUUUGGGUUUGCUUUGUAUGGAUCUAUGGUUGUUGAUGCAGGUGUGUUCUGUGGUAUAAUGAAAUUAUCAGAUCAAGGCCGUUAUCAGCUCUGGCCUCCAUUCAAGUCACAGCAACAACAAUGUUUCCGGCAAAUAGGUUUCUUUGUAAUCUGGUAUUACUUAGAUCGGAUUUUCGGUGUAAUUUUCAUUUUCUCUCUGUUUUAGAUGAUAAUUGUUGUAACCCAUGUUGUUCAAUGGGGCUUUUGCUAAUUUUCCUGA